AUGCGCUCGCAAGACCGGAACAUGAGAAAGCCGACGCUGCGCCACCGCGAGGAUCGCCGGGAGAUUCGACGGGAGGGCCGACGCGAGGAGCAGCAAGAAGGAGAAGAGUCCUCCACCCCGAUGUCGCCCCUCAAUCGGGGGCUCGUCAACCCUUUCCGGUACAAGGACCACGAGCUGCCGAAGUCGGCCCCCACCAACGAUCCGCCUCCUCCCAAGAAGACGACCACCCCGCCGAUCCCGCCAGUCCCUUCCACUCCAGCCCCUCCUGCCGACGACCCGGAACCGCCUCGCCUCCAGAAGUCGGUGGAAGAGACGAUCCGCCUCGACCGAUGGUUCCUCACCCGCUUCUCGAUCGAUAACCCGUAUGAGGGGUUGCAGCAAGAGUUCACCUCCCUCCAACGGGACCCGUGGAUGGAGGACACGGUCGACGACAGUCCCUUCUUGGAGCAGCAGAUUGGCGACGAAAACGUCAAGCAGUACAAGGAAAAAAUCGAGCGCAUCUUCAGCGUCAACUUCCCGUUCGAAGAGCGGCUUCACCACGACGGUGACCCGGUAGACAAGCCGGUGGUGAAGGAGACGGUGCAGUACUGGCCGAUGGUCCCUGGAGCUGUCUUCUAUUUCAUGCCCUUCAAGAUUACCUGCAUCACCAGCGUCCUCAAGUACGCGCCGAACGUGCUGUCGCACGACAACUCGAACGUCGUCUACCGGGUCUCGCGGCUGAUGGUCGAGAUGGACAACCCUAUGAAGAUGACCACCGAGGGGAUGUCGGAGGAAGAGCCCGAUGACUCGUCUUGGCAUGAGGAGCUAGCCCCUCAGAAUAACCCGAAUGGUGAAAAACACGAGGUGACCCACGUGUGCUACCUGCGAUGGCCGGACGGACGGGUGCCAAUGCCGUGGCCACAGGGGAGAGAUACGUACAAGGAUGCUGGAUGUCGGCUUGUGGAUAUCAUGCUGGAGGAGCUCUCCUCCGAGUCCGAAACCCCGAUCGUCAUCCACUGCCACGCGGGCAUCGGCCGUACCGGGGUGGCCAUUGCCCUUCUCAUGGCCCUUGAGCAGUUCCACGAGACCAAAGGCACCAACAUCAAGGGCCUCGUCACCUAUCUGCGCUGCUACCGCCCGCGUUCCGUGAUGAACCACUGGCAGUACGCGUACAUCAACGUCCUCUUCGCGCAGAAGCUCCUUCGCGCUGGCCACAUCUCGGAGACGAUUGGCGGGCACAAGUCGCAAGAUCUCUUGGACAAGGUCUGGGACCAGAUGGAGGCCAUCAUCGAUCGCGUCAACGCCAAGUACGACAGCUUCCUCACCUACUUCUACGAGAUCGGCGUCAAGGUG